AUGAUCUAAAACAAUAGCGAAAAAAUAGGAAAUAAAAAGAUUUAGAAUAACAAUAAAUCCUUUUCAUAUGAGUUAAUGCCAAAAAAUAGCAUAAAAACAACUUAAAUUUGUUGUGCAAUUGCAAUAAAUCAUUUAAAUAAUUUUUUAAUUGCAUCCUCAGAAAACAAUAUCAAAAUAAAUUAAUUUAAAAAAGGAAAAAUAAAAUAAUUAUCAUAAGCAUGUUAACAUAUUGAAACUAUUACAACCCUUAAUUUUUUUUAGAAAUAAUAAAAUUUUAUUUCUAGUUCUGGAGAUGCCUCAAUUAUUAUUUGGUCAAAUAAUUUACUUAAUAUAAAAUCCAUAUGUAAAUUAAAAGGGCAUUAGGGUUACAUAAAUUGUCUUGUUCUUCAUCCAAUUUAAGAGAAUCUGAUAAUCAGUGGAUCAGAUGAUGAAAAAAUUAAAUUUUGGUCAACUAAAUAGGUUUUUGAUUAAUGGUUUUGCACUUAAACAAUCAAAAUAAAAUAAGGUGCAAUUUGUGGAUUAGCUUUAAAUAAUAAAGGAGAUACUUUAAUCUCAUGUGGCUAGGAUAACAAUAUUUUAGUGAUUAAAUAAACUAAAACACAAGAAUGGCUAAUUAAAUAAGAGAUUCAUUAAGAUAAAUGUGGUUUUCGAUUAGCAUUUAUCUAAAAUAAUAUUUUUGUUUACUUGCCCUUGAGUUCUGCUAAUAUGUAAAUAUACUCAUGCCUUUCUUCAAGAAAUUACAAAAAAUUGAAAGAAAUUCCUAUUCGAGGAAAUAGAUAAUCUUGUUGUUUGGCUUUUCCAGCCCUUUACAUAUCAUCGAAAUCUAUUAUAGUUAUGAAAAAUGGUUAUAAUAUAAAUUUGUUAAAGGUUACCACUCUUUCUUCUUCUGUCGAAUGCAAAUUAGUACAAUCAAUAGAUUUAGGCAGUUAAAGUUAAGGAUAUUUCUCUGGUACUAUGAGUUAAGAUGGAGAAUAUUUAAUUAUUUGGGAUGAAUCAAUUAGGCAAAUUUAAGUUCGAUAUUAUCAAGAAAAAUGAC